AGUUUCAUAACAGCCUACGUGUGACCGGCGUUGUUCAGUGGAUCCUGGAUCCAGCCCUAAGACUCGCAGCAAUUAUAGGGGAUAACACAGCGCACGAUACUUUAUUAGGCGCCAUACCGACAAAGGUGGAAGAGGCUCAACAUUUUGUACCGAUUAGUUUCGGAUGACCUUCACCUUCUACUGUGUCCUUGCUAUCCAUUGGAGUCAACCUCAGCAGAACCCACUUCGUUGAUGUCGCUGAUUUGCGUCGUCUACACUGCAGUGACAGGAUCGGAUGGUAGUGCUUUCGUAGGUCGCCACGAACGUCUCGGUGGAGCUUCUUCGGAUGCUGCUGGUUCCGUCGAGGUUUCUCCCUGGCAUUGUCGGUAGCCGUGAGUUGCGAGGAGUGGCAUUAGGGUGUAGGAGGAGAGUUGUGAGGGUUUCGACACGGUGUGGACAGUUGACUCGCGGCGUCGAGGUGUUGUGGAGCCAGCGGAGAAGGGUUGUAUGAGUGUUGCGGAUUUUUGACCUCCAUUUUUGAUGGUCAGUGGGGUUUUUCUUGGAGCUGCAUCGGAGAUCUUGGUUUGGGGCUUAAUAGAUGCCUGUCGAAGUGAAGGGUCUGAGCCAGAAACGUUCGCGGCAUAGGUAUCUAAAAAGUCUGUCUAUUAAACCAGAUCCCGUCACGCACUCUUCACAUCUUGAGCUUUCGGUGUCUGAAGCAUCGGGGUAUGAGCGGAGAACAGAUUGGUUGGCCUCUUCGAAGGAAUCCUCCACAGUAUGCUUCGGGAGUGAAUAGUAGUAUCGACUCGAUGCCCCCAGAGAUGACCAAUGCAGGAGCUCAGAGACGUCCGGAGACUGCUAGGGCGAUGCUCUGUCCAGAACAAAUUGUCCAACGAUCUUCUCGGGGCGCAUACAUCGACGAUGGGACAGCACCAUCACCCGCCAUUCUUACAACCACCCAGUCUGCAGCACGGGAAGCGCUUAAUCAGUUCUGUAAAGAUUUUUUGGCACCAUUUAAGACAGCUAAUGUUGAAGUGCAAACGGCCAUGAAAGUGCAGAUGAUGCAACGCUUGAGCGUGCCGAUUGAUGCACCAAUAGUCGACCUAAGACACUUGGUUCAGGCUUGCCUUUGCCAACUGUUGUUUGCUGACUUCGAAAAUUCCUCUUUUGGCAUCAGACGUGCAGGACAGUCCUCGUGGCAGCAAGAACAUUCGAGAGAUUGCUUUCAACAGUUUCUGAAGUACAAAGUCAAGGGUGAAACAGUAGCCAAAUUGUUGAGAAACGAGUUAAAUGAAACGCAUAUCUCAGACUUCUGUACGAAGAAGUUCGAGAUGCUCCUAACUCUGGACGCGGGGGGUGGAUUCUUUGAAGGAGCUUUGUCUACCAAUGAAAUAAGUAAAAAGCACCUCAAUCACCCCUUCUACAGGAGUUUUUUAGGCGCAGCAGUGUCUUUCUGGCUGCUCCAGAGGUUGGCGUCUUCGUUUGAGGACAGAGUCAUGCCGAUCUACCCCGAGCGAGAGCAUAGAUUUGACAGGAAUUACAUGAUAUCUUCCGUGCCUGGAAUGGGUGACGACGAGGAGGACAACGACUACAACCUUGCGGUUCUAUUAACUGUCUUUCCUGGUUUUCGAGUGAACAUGAGCGUUGUGAAAACCUGGGUGUACCUUGUUGAAAGUCCCUAUCUUCCAUACAUCUCUCGUCCUCCCGACAAUGAGAAACCACUAUACGUGAAGCGUGCUGAUAGGUACAGGAAUUCACAAUUAGUAACGUCGACAACGAACUCUGCCCAGCCUAGUCAUCAAGGCUCAGGACAACCACCGACGAGGUCGCCUCCGUCUGCUCAUUCAGGCUCAUGGCAACAACCGACAACCUCGCCUCCGUGUGCCACUUUUUCGGGCUCAGGGCAACUACCGACGAGGUCGCCUCCGUCUGCUAGUUCAUGCUCAGGGCAACAACCGACAACCUCGCCUCCGUGUGCUACUUUUUCGGGCUCAGGGCAACUACCGAUGAGCUCGCCUCGGUCUGCUCGUUCAGGCUCAGGGUAUUCACAGGGGACGCCGAACCGACCUCCAAAUCAGCGAUCUGCCUGGAAAAAUUAGACUGUAAACAUGUACAUUUCCUCUCUCUCUUCACUCUGCAUGUUGUUGCAACAUGCCUGCUUAUCGCUAAAGUUAGUGUUAUCGAUAUCUGUCUCGCUCAGUUUUUAGUAGAAAGUUAAGCCAUGAAUACUCUGCAUGUGGGAGCAAGUGGCAGGAUGCUUUGUUGAUUGUACGUUGGUUGAAAAUGUCGGAUUCAGUGUUGCUCAA